UUGCGAUGUACACAUGAUAUAGGUUCUGUGGAGUUGGAUUCAGCUGGUGUCUCUGUAUCACUUUUUAACAUCAUCUCGAAGCUUUUCAACAUUCCUCUCCUCAGUGUUGCAGCAUCCUUUUGCCUGAAGCAUAUCAAAAAAUGCAGGCAGGUUCUCAGCAACAGUGAAUCUCUUAUUGAUGUUGUAGAAAAGCUGCAGCUAUCCUCAGUUUCCACAGCUUUAACUUUAGCUAUUGGCAUUGGUAUAUAUGAGGCUAUGGCCCUGUCUUUGGGAACUCUUCUCGGCUUGAUGGAAAUAUCAUCGGAAAAUAAACCAUUGACAGAAUCGUUGGCCGGAGAAUCACGCACUACUAGAGAAACCGAUUCGGACAAAGAGUGA